CCCAAAUCUAUGCUUUUCAGUGGAAGUCUAAUGUUUUUCUCGUCUCGCACGAGCAUAUUGUUUAACCUUGUCAUUUAUAGCUCUCUUGUUUUGCUCGAUUGCAAGCACUUAUUUUCUAACUCUAACCUUUCUAAUUCUCUUUCUUUGUGGUCCGUCAUUUUGACCAGGUGGAAAAUGGGGACUUAUUUUGAAUUGAAUACAGGUGCGAAGAUUCCUUCUAUUGGUCUCGGUACCUGGAAAACUUCUCCUGGAGAUGUUGGCCGAGCUGUAAUUCAUGCUGUUCAGGCUGGUUAUCGGCAUAUUGACUGUGCUUCCGUAUAUGGCAAUGAACUAGAGGUUGGGGAGGCACUCAAGGAGUUAUUUGCUAGUAACGUAGUCAAACGUGAGCAACUUUGGAUCACAUCAAAGCUCUGGUGCAGUGAUCAUGCUCCAGAAGAUGUUUCCAAGGCAUUGACAAAAACUCUCAAGGAUUUGCAGCUUAACUACAUUGAUCUUUAUCUUAUUCAUUGGCCAAUCCGUACAAAACCAGGUACUGAGGGAUUUAAAGUUGAAAAUAUGGCUUCUUUGUGCCUUCAUGAAACAUGGGCUGCAAUGGAGGGUUUAGUUGCUUCUGGUCAGGCACGGGCAAUUGGAGUGAGUAACUUCUCCACCAAGAAGCUGGAAGAAUUAAUUUUGAAUUCCAAGGUUCUUCCUGCUGUGAACCAGGUUGAAUGCCAUCCUGGCUGGCAGCAGUCUGCCCUUCACGAUCUGUGUAAAUCUUCUGGUGUUCACCUUACAGCUUAUUCACCUUUGGGAUCUCCAGGGACGUUUCUUAAAGGAGAUAUCUUGCAAGAACCAGUAGUGAUCGAGAUUGCUGAGAAGCUUAACAAGACUCCUGCACAAGUAGCUCUUCGUUGGGGCAUCCAGAGUGGUCACAGUGUCCUUCCUAAAAGUGUAAAUGAGUCAAGGAUCAUGGAAAACUUGGAUGUUUUCAACUGGUCUAUUCCACCCGAGCUCUUCUCCAAGUUCUCUACCAUUAAACAGAAAAGGCUUCUGCGCGGGGAUUUUGCAAUUCUUGAAACUGGCCCUUACAAAUCUGUGGAAGAGCUAUGGGAUGGUGAAAUAUGAUGCCAAUUCUAGAUCUUUUCCUGUCAUUUAAAUUUUGGAGUCGAAUUCAGCCUGCGGUUGAUCCCAAACCUAUUUUUGGUAACCGGAUUGAACUUUUUAGUUAUAUUCCAAACCUAGUUUUGAGACCGAAUUUCACGUAUCUCUUCUCUUUUCUCUUUUCUCAACCCACAAUGUAAUUCAAAAAAAAAAGAAUUUUUUUGAAAUGAAAAAGAAAAAACGCACGUUAUUUGUUGAAUUUUUUGGCAUAACUAAAA